UAGAUCUAGAUCUAUAUAAAGAAACCACUGGGUGGAAAAGUAACAAAAUCGCAUCAUCAUGUUUGAUAUUAGUAUCGUCUAUUUGGUUGUUCUGGCAGGGACACUUUGUCUCGCACAGGACGAUGGCGUUUUCUGCGACUUACCAGGUGGUGGCCGACUCAGAAACGGAGAGCGUAGCUCUGACCCCUGCUCACCUUGUCUCUGCUUUCACGGAGAACUCCAGUGUGUGAGUGCGAUGUGUGCCGGUCCAGAAUGUAUCGACUGGAGAACGGAGCCAGGCCAGUGCUGCCCAACCUGCCCUAAUGGGCCAAACUGUCUACUUCCCGGUGGGGGCACUGUAAAGCCCGGAGAGUCUGUUGUUAUAAGUGGAAGUCGCACGUGCACAUGUCCAGUUCUUACUACUGGUGUACCCUUGGCCCGCUGUCGUUAUCCCGUGGUGGAGAAUCAUUGAAACGUAUACUAACAUUUUACAAUAAACAUGUAGGCCUA